AUUGUGAAAUGUGAAGAGGGAGCUCCCAAACUCACGGUUGACUGAAAGAGUAUUUCAGUUUGAACAGAGCAGCGACUUUUCUUCUGAUUUCUGACUCCUCGAACGCAUGGCAUCCGUGUGCCGGUACGAAUCCCAGUACUACCACGCCCCAACCUCGCUCACCUGUUUUCCACAAUCACGCCCCUUCGCCCUCCCUCCAAACUUACCAGCUCCUAUAAAUCUCCCACCGCAUCGCAACUCCUCCCUUCCAAACCCCCAGCCACCCACAACUUGCAACAAUGGCGUCCCCUCGCCGCGCUCACCUCCUCCUGACCAUCGCCGUUGUGCUGCUGCUACUCUGCCAUCUGGGUCGUGCAUUGCCAUUGCCUUCACCUUCGCCGCCGCCGUCGAACGCCGCGUCGCCGUCCUACCCUCCUCCGGCACCGCCCGUGCCGAAGCUGCCGCGCGGCCUGCCACGGAUCAUACCGGCGUGGCCGCUGCCGGUGAACCCGUUCACGGCGAAGGCGGCGUUCAUCCGGUACUGGAACCGCAAGGUGCGCGGCAACCGUCCGCACCCGGCCUUCUUCUUCGCCAAGCUGUCCCCGCUCUCGGCCCCCGACGCGGCCGCGUUCUCCACCCUGGCCUCCGCGGGGAAGCUGGCCUCCCGCAUCCGCGACUUCUGCGCCGCGGCGUCGCUGUUCUGCCCAUCCACCCCCGCGGCGUCCUGGUCGGCCGCGUCGUCGUCCUCGUCCGCGGAGGGCGCCGGCGGCGGCGCCGCCUCCUCCGGCGCCAGCGGCGGCGCCACUGCAGCUGGCUCCCCCGCGCCGUUCAAGAACUACGAGAACGGCAACUUCAGCAGCUACGGCAACAGCGGCGGCGGCGGCGCCGACCAGUUCGCUGUCUACUCGAGCGGGAAGAGCGGCCCCGUCGACUCGUUCAAGCGCUACGGCAAGGGCUCGCUGGGGCGGAACGACUCCUUCACCAACUACGAGGUCGGGGGCAACGUCGGGACAUCCAGCUUCAGCUCGUACACCGGCGGCGCCACCGGCGGCGCCGGGGAGUUCGCGGGGUACGCCGGGCAGACGAACACGGUGGCCGCGACCUUCGCUGCCUACGACUCCGGCGGCAAUGGGCGCGCGCACGAGUUCGCGGCGUACGCGCAGGACGCCAACUCCGGCGUGGAGAGCUUCACCAGCUACGGCAAGGCCGCCAACGGCGCCGCCGAGUCGUUCAAGACCUACGCCAACAACUCCAACACGAUCGCCUCCGGCUUCAUCACCUACGGCGAGAAGGCCAACGGCUUCAACGACUCGUUCGCGUCCUACGGCCUCGACGGGAACGCCCCCGAGAACACGUUCCGGAGCUACGCCUCCGGGAGCAACGCCGCGGUCGACGACUUCAAGGGGUACAGGGACCAGGCCAACAUCGGCGACGACAGCUUCACCUCCUACGCGAGCAACGCCAACGGCGCGGAGGCCGGCUUCGACAGCUACGGCAGGUCGACCAGCCCCGGGAGCGUGGCGUUCAAGGGCUACGGCCAGGGCUCCAACCCCAACCACCGCAUCGGCUUCGCGCACUACUCCGGCUACAACACCACGUUCAAGGCCUACUCCAACGAAGGCGUCGAGUUCAAGGAGUACCAGAACAUGUCAGAGAUGGAGGUAUCCAAGACGGCGGCGGCGGCGACGGCGGCCGGGCACAUGCAGCCGAGGUGGUCGCCGGAGCCAGGGAAGUUCUUCCGGGAGCGCGACCUGAUGAUGGGCAACCGGAUGCCCAUGCCGGACAUCGCCGACAAGAUGCCGCACCGCGCGUUCCUGCCGAGGGACAUCGCCGCCAAGAUACCGUUCGAGGAGGGCGCCGUGGCGGCGCUGUUCGGGGCGGCGCCGGGCACGGCGAUGCGGCAGGCGGUGGCGUCGACGGUGGCCGAGUGCGCGCGCGCGCCCAGCCGCAGGGAGACGAAGCGGUGCGCGACGUCGGCCGAGGAUGUGGUGGACUUCGCGGUGGAGAUGCUGGGCGGCGGCGGCGGCGGCGGCGGCGUCGCGGUGCGCAGCACGGAGUCGGCGGCGGGCGGCGGGCGCGACGUCCGGCUGGGCAGGAUCGCCGGCGUCGGCGGCGGCGGCGUGACGCGGUCUGUGUCGUGCCACCAGAGCCUGUUCCCGUACCUGGUGUACUACUGCCACUCGGUGCCGCACGUGCGGCUGUACGAGGCCGACAUCCUGGACGUGGACUCCAACCGGAAGAUCAACCACGGCGUGGCCAUCUGCCACCUCGACACGUCGGACUGGAGCCCCAGCCACGGGGCCUUUGUCGCGCUCGGCGGGAAGCCCGGCGAGAUCGAGGUGUGCCACUGGAUCUUCCAGGGGGACAUGACCUGGACCCUUGUCGAUUGAAGGCACAUCCACAAACAAACCCUUUGGGUUUUGGCCUUAGCUAGCUGUUGCUGCUUAACCGUCUUCUCGAUUUUGAGAGAAGCCUAAUUGCAAGUUCUGAUUACUUUUGUUUUCAAUUUAGAAAGAUUUCUUUUUGGACUUGUUGCUAAUACAAAUAUGUACUAGUAGUACUGUGUGGCCGAUCAAAUUGACUUUUAGCAUAGCCAAUCAAAUUAAGAAAACUAUUAAAUAGGUUAAUAAAUCUCUUGUUGGUGACAGUGGUUGUUUGGAA